AUGGUAUCAACUGACAAGACAUGGCCUGAGAAUGAGAAGGCAAGUUCAGAACAAGAGGUUUUUGAAAAUGGAGAAGUCUGCUGGGUGAAAUUUAAAAAUCUCCUAAAAGUUGUGUCCCAGGAUCCUGAGGUUAGAGAAGUUGCCGAACAGGAUGUCGAAUUUGAUAAUCAGUGGAAAAUACCUAUGAGGGAGAAGCUGAGAGAAGAGAAAGAAAGCUAUGAGAAAGUGAUCUUUAAGAAAGUAAAGAACCACAAGGUACUUAGCAAAAACUUAAAUCCAAACUCAAAAGGUAUACCAUAUAAUAGAGCUCUUACAGCGCAGAAGCUCAGUGAAUGUGCCAAAUGUGGCAGAAACUUCCGUUGUCAUUCCGACCUAAUUGCCCAUGAACGAAUUCACUCCUGUGAGAAGCCCUAUAUGUGUGAUGAAUGUGGGAAAGCAUUCAAGACCAAAAGUCAGCUUUCUGUACACCAGAUACUCCACACGGGGGAGAAACCCUUUAACUGUACCCAGUGUGGGAAGGCCUUCAGUAGUAGAUCAGCUCUUUGCCGACACAGAACCUCCCACAGUGGGGAGAGACCUCACAAGUGCCGUGACUGUGGGAAGGCCUUCAAGACCAGGACCCACCUCAGUGUGCACUGGGUCACACACACGGGGGAGAAGCCGUAUGAAUGUGGGGACUGUGGGAAGGCCUUCCAGUUUAAGCAUUCCCUUACCCUCCAUGGCAGGAUCCACAGGGGGGAGAAGCCGUAUGAAUGUGAGGAAUGCGGGAAGGCCUUCAGCGGGAGUUCAGACCUCACUAAGCAUACAAGAAUCCACACUGGGGAGCGACCUUAUGAGUGCAGUGAGUGUGGGAGGGCCUUCAGCCGGAGCUCAGACCUAAGCAAACACAAAAGGAUCCAUGCUCAGGUGAAGCGCUAUGGAUGUCCUCAGUGUGGACAAGCCUUUAGCAGCAAGGUAGAGCUCAGCAAACAUAGAAGGAUCCACAUGGAAGAGAAGCCUUACAAGUGUAAGGAGUGUGGGAAAUCCUUCCGUCACAACUGUAAACGCAGGGCUCAUGAACGAGAACACAUGGGGGAGAAGCCGUAUCCGUGUGGGGAUUGUGGGAAAACUUUCCAAGAUCGGCACUGCCUGACCAUCCACCAAAGAACCCACACGGGAGAGAAACCUUACAGAUGUUCAGAGUGUGGUCGCGCUUUCAGAGGGAAGUCAAACUUGACCAGUCAUCAAAGAAUCCACACUGGAGAGAAGCCCUACACGUGUGAGGUGUGUGGAAGGGCCUUCCAUCAUAGUUCAGUCCUGGGGCAGCACACGAGAACCCACACCGGUGAGAAGCCCUACACCUGCAGUGAGUGUGGCACAUCUUUCCGGCAGUGCUCAGCUCUAACCGGACAUAAGCGAGUUCACACUGGGGAGAAACCUUAUGAAUGUGAGCAGUGUGGGAAAGCCUUCAGAGUGAGCGCAAAUCUUACUGGACAUAAGAAAAGAAAACACAGAGUAUGGGAAAUGCACAAACUUGAUAAGACUGGGAAAUCCUUCUCUCCGGUAACUAUUUCUCAGACCUUUUCAUUAGACCUUUUCAAUUUUUUGGCCACCAACACCUGAGAGUAAUGAUUCUGGUGUUUACACUGUCUCAUUUCUCCUACUCCUUAGACUAGUUCCUCUUGUCUCCCGUAUUGGCUCUUCCUGAUCACCUGACCCCU